AUCCACAGGCAGCAAACUGUCAUACGGUGUCAGAUUUCGAUCAAUGUCACACCUUCCAUUUACCUCAGUCCGAACGAUCGUGUCACACAAUUAUGUCCCCUUCUUCCUGACAGUUGUCAGGGUUUGUAGGAGGCCCCCUGCUGCUUCUGUUGUGUCCUCCCCCUCCAUUAAUUGUCUGCUCUGUCUCUUGUGGUGCUACCAUCCUCUGUGGCCGUCUUCCCUUCCUUUGUAUACUUGUAGCCCCUUCUGAAUUUUGUUCCUUUUCGUUUCCCCAUUAAUCUUCCUUCUGCUUCCUCUUGUUUUUUUGUUUUCUAUCCCCUGCUUUAAUGACAUUAGAAUUCCCUUUUUAUUACACCUCUUAGAUUUUCUAUACUUCUCACCAUAUAUAUAUCUGCCAUUGUUUUUCUCCAUACCACAUUUUGUUAAGCUUGUACUCCACACCUUUUCCUAAUUAAGUUGGACUGUUUACAAUACACCCUGCCUGUCUUGUGCCCCCAAAUCCAUCUUCACUUUGUAUAGUUUUGUUCUCAUAAUGCUAUCUAUGUAUCAUCCUAAUCAGUCUAUGUAUUAAGCAUAUGAUCCAUUUCUGCCUUUUCUAAAAAUGUAAUGUUCAAUGAUUUAUUUUUAAAGCAGUGGUUAUCAGCCAGUUAGUCUACACAUUCAACUAUGUCAAUGUUACAUGGAGGGGUUUGUUGCUAGCCUUAAUGGGAGAGAAGCAGAGCAUGGAUAUGCUUCCAUUCUACCGUGUGACACAGCUGUUUCUGGGAGAAGAAAGCGACAAAGAACCACCAGCAAUCCUGACAGUGUGAGGUCUGUUCAUAAUGAGCUGGAAAAGCACAGGCGAGCCCAGCUUCGAAGAUGUUUGGAGCAGCUCAAGCAACAGGUACCCCUCAGUGUGGACACAUCACGGCAUACUACUUUGAGCCUCCUUCAUCGUGCCAAGCAGCACAUCAAAAAAUUGGAGGAUCAAGAACUCAGAGCAAAAAGUUUGAAGGAAAAGCUAAGAACAGAACAGCAGAAACUCCGCCAGAGAUUAAAACAACUUCUUCCCUCUAGUAACACUGAACGUCUGAGAGCGGACAGUCUGGAUUCUUCAACCUUGUCCUCGGAGCGCUCUGACUCUGACCAAGAGGAUUUGGAGGUAGACGUGGAGGGGAUAAUAUUAACUGGCAACGAGGGUGACCUCUUUGUGUCAUUUACUGCUGGUGCGGAGCACAGUUACUCUACUCCUGUGCACAAUUGGUUAUGACAUUAUGCAAAAGACAGAGUUUAUGGGACAUCGACUCAGGAUGUGACCAUUCAACAAACAUAGACAAACCAGAACUUUGCACUCCAGAAAAGAAAAUGUUUCCUUUUCUGUUUUAAGCUAUUUAAGAUCUGUUAACUUUAUGAAAAAUGGACAGUGCUUUGGAAUUGUAAUUUAAUUUUUUUUUUUUUUUUUUUUUUUAAACUCAUCCUCAGUUUAGAAGAUCUAUCUAUUUACAGCAAAGCUACAUUUGUUAGCAUUGUACGCCUGUCUUUAUUUAUGUUGCAAUGAAUGUCUUUUUGUUUUUGGGAAGGUCACUAGCAUGCAUUAUUAUAGCAUUAGGCAACCAGAUCAGAUGUGUGCUAUGUACUAAGCGGUGCUAUUUUUAUCCCCAGUACACAAACUGUUAUAUCCCACAACAUUCAAGAAUUUACAUUCUUUCUCUAUUCUACUCAAACCCACACUCAGAGGAUUUUCUACAGUGUAGAGUAAAAUAAGUCUAUAUGAAAUUUAAGUAGGUGCAUUAAAACUAAGCAAUGAAAACAUU